UCAGAGGGAGAACACCAGGCGCGGCGCGGGCGGCUCCGGCUUCUGCUCCGGCCGGGAAAGACGCGAUGGCGAGCAGCGACAGCAACCACGCCUUCGAGAGCGCCCUCGGCUCCGACGGGGACGAGGAGGCCACUCGAGGGCUGGAGACCGAGGAGGAGUCCGAAGGCGAGGAGGACGAGACAGCCACGGAGUCGGAGGAGGAGCCGGACGCCAGGUUAUCAGACCAGGAUGAAGAGGGCAAGACCAAGCAGAAGUGUAUCAUAUCUGACCCCUCCUUUUCCAUGGUGACAGUUCAACGGGAAGAUAGUGGAAUAACCUGGGAAACCAAUUCUAGUAGGUCUUCCACUCCCUGGGCUUCGGAAGGAAGUCAGACUUCUGGUGUAGGUAGUCUGGAAGGGUCAACUAUGAAUUCUUCUGCAGGGAAUGUUUCCUUUAUUGUGGAUGAAGUUAAAAAGGUCCGGAAAAGAACAUCUAAGUCAAAGCAUGGCUCACCAUCAUUGCGUCGGAAAGGCAAUAAAAAAAGAAAUUCUUUUCAAUCCCAAGAUGUUUCAGCAAACAAAAAAGAUAGUUCUUUAAUUUCAGAAAGCCAGGUACUAAGCACCCAGAAAGAGGAGAUACCUAGUGGCAGUUAUGAUAAAACAAGAAGAAAGAAGACCACUUCAAAUACACCUCCUAUUACUGGGGCAAUAUACAAAGAACACAAGCCAUUAGUGUUACGGCCAGUCUAUAUAGGAACGGUACAGUAUAAAAUUAAGAUGUUUAAUUCAGUUAAAGAAGAAUUAAUUCCUCUACAAUUUUAUGGAACAUUGCCAAAGGGUUAUGUAAUUAAAGAAAUACAUUAUAGGAAGGGGAAAGAUGCAUCAGUUAGUCUAGAGCCAGAUUUGGGCAAUCGUGAUUCUAAUACAGUUUCCAAAACAGGCAAAUUAGUAGCCCAAAGCAUAGAAGAUGAUAAAGUAAAAGAGCUUACUUCACCCCGGAGAGGUGCACUCUCCAAAGGAUCAAAGUCCCUUACCUCAUUCAGUCGUGAAGAUCAAAAGAAAAUUUACACAGAUUCUCCUCUAAAGGCCGCUUCUGCCACCAAGCACACAGUUUCCUCUUAUACAAGUAAUGACACAACAGAACAAGACACACAGCGCAGUCCUCCCCAGUCAGUGUCACAACAGCCAGGCGUUGAAGCAAAACCCCAUGCCACGGAGCCUUCCUCUGUUAUACCUGAUACAUCUGCAACAGCCUUCCUGGAAACAGCAAAGGAAGAAUUUGAGCCUGAAUCUGAUUCACAAGAAAUUGUAACUUCAGAGCUUGAAUCUCUAGCCUCACCACCGUUAUUAGACGAGGUAAAGAAGGAAGAUGUGUAUUCUGCCGACCAUUCUGUUUCACUGGAGGCAGAGAAGGGUUCUCUGGAAACAGGUCCACCAGGUCUGGCAGCAUCUGUCCAGGAAGAUUUUGGUCCAGAGAGAGAAGAGUUAGACCUGACUUCACUAGAAAGGGCAGAACCAGACUCUGAACAACAGACCCCUCCUCAGUUCGAUGUCAAAGGAGAGAAGGAAGAAAAUGUGCUCGAACCACCCAGUUCUCUUUCUGAACCUUUAGGGCCAGAGAAAGAAGACAUAGAAACUUCUCUACCGAUAGCUGCUACCCCUGAACCUGAAGAUUCUAAUUUAGUGGAAGAAGAGAUCAUAGAAAUUGAUUACCCAGAAAGUCCACCUGUUUCCAAGAAGUCCUUCCCACCACGUUUGGCCCCUGAAGUGGAGGAGAAGGAAGAGGAGACCAUGCUACCAAUACCGACAUCAACACCUGAACAUAUUGCUUUGUCUGAGGAAGAAAGAGAGGAAAGUGAGUCUGUUUCUACUGAUUCUGCUUUUGUAUCAGAGUAUUCAGUCCCACAGAGUAUGAACCAGGAACUAGAAAAGCAAGAAGUUGAACCAGUUUCUCAAUCCAAUGUAGAAGCUGCAUCUGAGCACACAAUUUUGUCAGAGGAGGAGAAUGAGGGAUUUGAGCCUUAUUCCCCAACUCUGGCCUCUGCAUCUGAGCGCUCUCUCUCACCAUCUAUAACCGAGAAGUCUUCUGAAUGCCAAUCCCCACUGUUUUCCUCAGCUACAAUGGAAAACACGGCCCUGUCCAGAGAAGAGGCCCCAGAAAGUGGGCGUUACACACCAGAUUCCACAUCUGCUUCUGAAUACUCAAUUCUAUCACAGGCAACAAAAGAGUCACUGAAGAACAUCGACCAUGAGUCCCCACUAAAAUCCAAAGGUGUUUCUGAGCACAAGAUUCUGUCAGAAGAAGAGAAGGAAGGCACUGGGGCAUAUUCCCCAGACGAGGCCUCUGUGGCUGAACACUCUCUUCCCCCAUGCACGACUGAGAUGACUUCUGAAUACCAAGCCCCUCCUUCAGCCACCCCAUCUGAACAUGUGGUCCCAUCAGAAGAGGACCUAGGAAGUGAGCGUUUCAUGCCAGAUUCAACACUGAAUCCCCAAUAUGCAGUUCCACCAAAUGUAGCUCAGGAAUUCCCAAAGAAAACAAUUGAUAAUGUGUCCCUCUUAGAAUCAAAAGGUGUUUCUGAGCACAUGAUUCUGUCAGAAGAAGAGAAGGAAGACACUGACGUGUAUUCCCCAGACGAGGCCUCUGUGGCUGAACACUCUCUCCCCCCAAGCACAACUGAGAUGAAACCUGAAUAUCAAGCCCCACCGUCAGCCACCCCAUCUGAACAUGCGGUCCCCUCAGAAGAGGAGACAGUAGAAGUGGAGCGCUAUACCCCCUCUUCCACCUCUGCUUCUGAAUUUUCAGUACCACCAUAUGCAACACCUGAAUCACAGGAGAAAGAAAUUGUCCACAGAUCCCCUUUAAAUCGAAAAGGUGCCUCCUCACCCAUGAGUUAUUCAGAAGAAGAGCAAGAAGACAUUGGACCUUUUUCUCCAGACUCUGCAUUCGCAUCAGAGUUCUCAUUCCCACCCUAUGCAACCCAGGGAUCAGAGAAAAGAGAAUCUGAGUGUGAUUCCCCAAUAUGUUUAACAUCACCAUCGGACCACACUAUUUUGUCAGAUGAAGACACUGAAGAAGCUGAACUUUUUUCUCCAGACUCAACAUCACAAGUUUCAGUCCCACCAUAUAGAAUCCCAGAAACAAAGAAAAAUGAAAUCGAACCUGAUUCACUGUUAACUGCGGCAUCUGCUUCAGGAUAUUCCUGCUUUUCAGAAGCAGAUGAGGAAGAAAUUGAACCAACAGCUGCUACACCGGUACCUGAGCAUCUCAGUUCAUCACAGAAGCAACAAGCUGAACCUUCCCCUCCCAGGUCUGCACCUGGAGACUUGAGUCUGCCACCUGCAACAAAUAAGGCAGAAGAAGCAGAUGCUGAAACAAUCUCAAUAUCUGUAUCUGAAUAUCUCAUUUCAGCACAAAGACAGGUAACUCAAGCAUUUGUAGAACCUGAGUCUGAAGAUUUGAUUCCGCCAUCUUCAGCCAGUGAAUCGGAGAAGGGAGAAAUUAAGACUAGUUCAUCAGGAGCUGCAACACCUGUUUCUUUACCCGCACACUCAUCCACGGUAAAGGAAGAAACUGAACCUGUUUCACCUGCAUCUCAGUAUUCAGUUUCACCUGAUUCAGUCCACGCACUUAAGAAGGAACAAGAACCCAAAGCAUCGCUCACUCCAAAAGCUGCAAAUGAACAGAUGGGUUUGUUAAAAGUUAAAAGUAAGAAAGAAAUUGUGCCUGAUUCUCAAGAAGCUGCAGCACAUGUAUCACAGGAUCAAGAAAUGGAGCCUCAGCCUCCAAAUGUUCCAGGGUCUGGAGAGAAAUAUUCAGUUCUGUCUGACUUGGUAGAUGAGCCAAAGAAGGAUGUCAAAUUCAAUUUAGCUCCAACUGUGACAUCUGAACUGGAACAGAGACUGUUGUCAGAGAAUGAGCUUGAAGUAAUAAAACCAUAUUCACCUCUCAAGGAAACAUUUUUAUCAGGACCUGAGGUUUUAUCAGAAGUGAAAACAGAAGUGAAACGUGAUUCCGCGAUAACUGGUGCACCUGGAGUGCUGCAUCCAGCGUCACCAGGAGUGGACAAGGAGGUUGGACGUGGGCCAUCUGCACCGGGAUUUUCAGCAUUGUCAGAAGACAUGAAGAAAGAAAUUGAACCCAGUUCUCUAGUAACCACGACCUCUGUAGCUAAGCACGAUUCAAACUUAACCAAAUUAGCAAAAGAUGAAAACCCAACAGAGUUAUCUCUUACCAGCCCUAUAGAACAACCAGUCUUAAAAGUAGGAAAGAGUGAAUUCGGAAGUGGUUUGCCACCAAUGGUAACAUCUGUGGAUGAGGAUAUACUUCUUAAAGAAGAAGAAAAGGUAGCAAUUAAAGCUACCUCUUCUCCCCUUGAAGCUGCUGAAUCCAAACAUCCAACUUGGUCAGAAGCAAAGAAGGAAAUUAAACUGGAUUCACCUCCAGGAAAACUCUCUAUAUCGGAACAUUCUAUUUUGUCAAAGAUGGAAACUGAAGAAAUAAAACCUGGGCUGCCAGUAACCAAAACAGUGUUGUCUCGGCAUGCAGAUGGAGCUAAGGAAGCAAGGGUGGAAAAUGAACAAGGUCUUUCAUUUUCUACAGAACUUGACUCUGAACAUUUGGCUCUAUCACAGAAAAAGAAUUCUGUGUCUGCCGCAGAGGUGUCAGGGUCCGAACGUGUGCUUCCGGUCAACCUAGGCGAUGAGAUAAAGAAAAAAGAAGCUGAACUUCCUUUCUCACAAAACGUGUCAUCUGAACCCAAACAUGUAGUUCCAAAAGGCAAAACUGAGAAAAUGGUAUAUUCUUCUCCCGAGAUGGAAACGUUAGUGUCAGGAGAUUUAGCUCCAACAUUACCAGCGCUCAGUGAUACGAAGAGCCAACAGGCCAUGGAGACAUCUUCCACAGCUCAGGGAGACUUCCCGCCAGGAAAACCAGGUCUUUCCCUGGCAGAGGUCUCUUUGGAACCUGAGAAGAGAGAUACACCACACCAAGCAUCACAAUUACCAAAUGCUGGGUUGGAAUUCUCUGGUGGUUUAGGUAGGCAAGGUGGAUCUGCAGACACAAAACAAACAAAAUCACCCAUAACUGAAACAGGGGAUUCUGUCUUAGAAAAGGGCUUUGCUGAGCUUAGGAGCAGAGGAGAAGGAGAAGAAAACAGGGAACUCCAUGUGUCAACCACAGUGCCUGAAAUUUCCGAGGUUUCGUCAUGCCUUAGGGAGGAACCUCAGAACCAAGAAAUUAAGUCUAUCUCUCCUAAUGUGGUCAGUGUAAGGUCAAAAGAAGCAUUUACCUCUCUGGUUGAAGGAGAUAACCCAGAAAAGUUUCAGCCAUAUACUUUUACUUUAAAAGAAUUAUCAGAAGAGGUGAACCAUUCAGCUGACUUAAAAAAGGGGGAAAAACAAGAAAUAAGCUCAUUACUGCCAAUAGGAAAUGUGAAGGCAGAAGGGACAGGAGAUUCUGUAACUAUACUAAAAGAAGAGACAGACCGAACAAAUGCAUUCCCUGUACCCCAGAGUACAACCAAACCAUCAAAGAUAGCUCCUUCUGACCGCCUGGUGGAACAAGAGGAGCCUGAAAACACACUUCACUCAGACCAGGCUGUUAAGUUACCUGAUGUAAGCACAUCUUUCGUGGGUAAACAAGAUUUGGGUAUUAAGCAGCUUACAAUUAUGAAAGAGAAUUUGCCUUUGGAAGAAUCAAAAUCAUUUUUGACAACGGAGCCUGCAGAUGUUAAAGAAACACACAUGGAAGAGGCCCUUAUUUCUCCAGAGGAUGAAAACUGGAUGCUGGAAAAGCCAGGAAGAGAUUUGGCAAGUCAUCGUGAAGAAAGAGUACUGGGACCUGUGCAGCUGGGUUCCUCCAGCAGCGAUGAUCUGGUGACAGGGCAGCUCAAGGCUGCUCUGUCGAAUAAAGACCAUACACAUGAAAUUGGAAAGCAGGUUCUGCCACAUUCUGCCGAAGAAUCUCAUUUAUCAUUACAAGAACCAGUAUCUACUCAUGAUAUCCCCCAUGGUAAUGUGGAGAUCUUAUCAACUAGAAUAUCUUCUGAAGAAAUAAAGCUGGCCCCCAAACCAAAAUCUUUAGUUCCAGCUGGAAAUGUAGAGAGAAACAAAGCAGAGGGGAAGCAGGUCUUUUCUUUCAUGACGAGUGAAAGUUCAGUAUUGGAGAAAGCAAACGCAGAAUUGCCCAGGCCUUGCAAAGAAGACAGCCAGGAAGGAGUCCACCUGCCUUCUGAAAGAAUCCUCCAGAAACCAGUGCCUGGCCCAUCAGUGGAACAGGUCAAAUCAGCAACUAUCCCCUCUCCUGCCAAAGCAGCUCCUUUCCUGGCAGAAGAUGCAGAGCCUGCAAUGGGAAGUAAGAAGGAAGCACACAGGAGUAUAUCUCCUUUACCCGGAGAGAAGCCAUUAGAAGAAUCAAAAAUGGUUCAGUCAAAGGUUGUAGAUGAUGCUAACGAGAGAGGGAAACCAACAUCUGGAACGGAAAUACCCACCCAAAUAAAACCCUCAAUCCGUGAAAAUAAAGAACCUCAACCCCCAGAACCUCCUGAGGUGACACAAAAGCUGCCCGAGCAGCCAAAGGCAGUCCAACCAGGCAUUUCGGAGGAAAAGAAAAAGAAGGGAAUUUCAUCUUUCACAUCAUGGAUGUCCAAUUUGUUUUUUAAAUCAAGCACUCCAGGUAACAAAGUUGCGGAAAAGGAAGUUUCAGAAAUUCAGUCAGGUCCAUCUGUAGAAAAAGCAGUGUCUGUGACAGAGCCUCAGGGUCCAGCUCCAGCUGACUUAAGUGCAGCCGAGGAACCAGGUGAUCAUCUGCUACCAGAGGCAAAACUCAUGAUUGCUGAAGACUCCAGAGGUCCUUUAGUUAAAUCCGGUGAAGGUCAAGACUUUAAAGAAAAACCUACACUUUUAUCAAAUGUAGAAGUUUUACAGCAGCCAAAAUCCAAUUUUGAGGUGUCCAGUGACGAUCAUGGGAAGAAAGAAAUCUUAGAUGAGUCAGAGGAAAUGGACCUAAACUCAGUAGUUACUCCUGCUGAUGGUGAGGAACAUUUUGGAGUUCAACCUUAUUCCCCUAUGGGUGAGAAAUCCAUUGUGGAAGAAGCCAAAAAUGUUGUUCCUCUUCAUGUCACUGAUAGUAAAAGAGCCCAGAAGCCAGAAAUCUCUUCUCCAUCUAAAUGGAAUAUUUCUAUUCUUAAUGAAGAGCCAAGAAGUGAUCAAAAAGAAAACUCACGCUUUUCAUCUGAUGCAGUAGAUAAGGUGUCACAACAGCCCAAAUCAGCUUCAUCUAGAGUCACAAGUAAAAAUGUCAUGAGGGAAUCAGAGAAGCCAGAGUCAAUGAUUUUGCCAGUGGAAGAAUCGAAAGGCAGUUUAAUUGAUCUUGGUGAAGACAGACUGAAGAAAGAAAUGCCAAAACCUACUUCCUUCAAAAUUUCUGAAGGGGAAGUAAAACUCAGGUCUGUUAGCCUAACUGAGGAGAAAGAUAACUUGGAAAUCAGAUCACAUUCCUUGGCAGGAAAGAAAGUGCUGGCAGAAAAACAAGAAACUGUGGCCCCAUUAGAGUUAAGAGAUAAUAAUGAAAUAGGAAAGGUACCAAUUACACAGGGAUAUUACCCUGUUGAACUGGAAGAAUCAAAAACUGCUGCUGUGCUGCAGCAAGUCUAUCAAAAGGAAGACCACAAAGAAAGACACAAAAUGACUGAGGAGGAGAAACGAAGAGAAAAAGAAAAGCAGCUGCAAGUAUUUGACCACUCUUUUCCUAAGGAAGAAAAUCGGGUAUUGGAAAAAUCAAGCAGGGAUAUGGCAAGUCAUGAAGAAAAGGGACAGGUCUCAGUGUCAGAGAUGUCAAAAGGUGGUUCAGUAGAUAUCACAAAAGAUAGUAUAAAACAAGGAUCUCCAUCUAAAGAACCUGAAAGGAUUUUAGACCAAACUUUGGAUGAAGCAAAGAGCUUAGAAACACCACCAUAUUUGUUGUCAUCUGUGAAACUACAAACACUUGUUUCAGAGGCUUCUCCAGAAAUUAGUCCAGUGAAGAAACAAGAAUUGACUCCAGAUAGGCCUACAGUCCAUACUAUUCAAACAUCUAAAGAGCAAACAUUCGAAAUGUCUAAACAAUCUGUACUUGUUUCCAAGCACCACUUGGAGGCUGUGGGAGCUGCCCAAGUAAAUGAACCACACUCUCCAGCAAGCAGCAACUAUGCUCAAUUUAUAAAAAAUGCAUCAGCAACCAAUGCCAAUAAAGUUGUUUCUACUAGAGAAAUAUCCAAGGAACCUGGAGAUGAGGAAUUUACAAUGACUAGUAAGCCAGCUGGACUUUCAGAAGAUCAGAAGAGUGCCUUCAGUAUCAUUUCUGAAGGCUGCGAAAUACUGAAUAUUCAUGCUCCUGCAUUUAUAUAUUCAGUUGAUCAGGAAGAAAGUGAACAAAUGCAAGUGAAGUUAGAAUAUUUGGAAGAAAAGGCCUCACGUAAAACUCUACCCUCCCCUGGUGAUAGUGAGGCAGUUGCUUGCCAUAAAACAUUAAAGAGUACGUUAGAAGAUUCUGAUAAAAAAGGUCCAUCAUUGAAAGAAAAUAAACAAAAGGAAACUCAUAAAACAAAAGAGAUAUCCACAGAUUCAGAAAUUGGCGAUUUACCCUUUAAUCAGCCCACAGUUCCUGGUGAAGAGGAUUAUUUUGAAAAAUAUACAUUGAUUGAUUAUAACAUCUCCCCAGACCCCGAAAAACAGAAAGCUCCAGGGAAAUUAAAUAUUGAGGCAAAACGCUCAAAGGAAGAUACAGCAGAAACUAGCCCUUUCCCAGAAAGUUCAGAGGAAAGUGCCCUAGAACAUGAAUAUGACUUGGUGAAAUUAGAUGAAAGUUUUUAUGGACUGGAAAAAGACGACAGCAAAUUAUCUCAUCCAGAGACCCAAAAGUCUUUGGUUAUCCAAAAAUCAGCGGACGGAGAUGUUUUGAAGAGCAAAAAUAGAGAUGUGGGCUCAAAGUCACCUGGGAUGCCUUUAUUUGAUAUAGAGGAAGGAGUUUUGUCACGAACCCCGAUAUUUCCUACCACUGCGAAAGCCAUUAACCCCGAACUUCUGGAGGAACCACCUGCACUUGCAUUUUUAUACAAGGAUCUGUAUGAAGAAGCAGUUGGAGGGAAAAAGAAGGAAGGAGAUACAGCUUCUGAAGGUGACAGUGUGAAUUCUGAGGCAUCAUUUCCAGGCAGAAAGUCUGACACUGACGAAGGAACAGGGAUAUAUUUUGAGAAGUACAUACUCAAAGAUGACAUUCUUCAUGACACAUCUGUAACUGAAAAGGACCAAGGCCAAGGUCUGGAAGAAAAACCAGUUGGUAAGGAUGAUUCAUACAAACCAAUAGCACCAGAAAGGAAAGUUAGGGGGAGGUUUGGCACUAUUUGGGGAGAAAAGAGUCUGGAAGAGGAACAGAAAGUUGCUCACAGGGAAGAAGAGUCAGUGGGCCAUGUGGAGACCCUUGACAUUGUAGCUACACAGAGGAAAGCUCCCAUCACGGAGGAAGUCAAAGUGGUUACCCAGAAGAUAAGCUAUGCGAUUCCGUUUGAAGACACCACUCAUGUUCUGGAGAGAGUAGAAGACACAAGCACUCAGAGCAGUGAAGCAGCAAAUGCAAAUCCAGAGGUCCAUCUAAAUGUCCCAGUACAAGUGUCCUUCCCAGAGGAAGAAUUUGCAUCUGGCACAGCUUGUGCUCAAGAAACACUGCAAGUAGAACCUAUAGCAAUGGGCCCACCCGAGCCAGGUGAGGAUAGGCUCCGCAGUAGUCCUGUUCAGGAUGAAUAUGAAUUUGCUGAAUCCCUGAAUUAUGAAGUAGUUACUCAAGACACCCUAUCAGAAGAACUGUAUUCAGAAUCCACCCCUGAAGAAGUGUUAUCUCAGGGAAAGGAGUCCUUUGAACACAUAAGUGGAAAUGAAUUUGUGAGUGAGGUGGAACAAAGUAUGUCUGCUGAACAGAAAGAGUUGGGCAGAGAGAGGACAGAAGACCAAUUAUCAUUAGAGUUAGUAACUGAGAAGGAGCAACAGGAACCGAAAAAGUCCCAGAUUGACAUGUACUGCUAUACUUGCAAAAGCCCAGUUUCUGCUGUUGACAAGAUAUUUGGCACCCACAAAGACCAUGAGGUUUCAACGCUUGACACAGCUAUAAGUGCUGUAAAGGUUCAAUUAGCAGAAUUUCUAGAAAAUUUACAAGAAAAGUCCUUGAGGAUUGAAGCCUUUGUUAGUGAGAUAGAAUCCUUUUUUAAUACUAUUGAGGAAAAUUGUACUAAAAAUGAGAAAAAGCUAGAAGAACAGAAUGAGGAAAUGAUGAAGAAGGUUUUAGCACAGUAUGAUGAGAAAGCCCAGAGCUUUGAGGAAGUGAAGAAGAAGAAGAUGGAGUUCCUGCAUGACCAGAUGGUCCACUUUCUGCAGAGCAUGGAUGCUGCCAAGGACACCCUGGAGACCAUCGUGAGAGAAGCAGAGGAACUCGACGAGACCGUUUUCCUGACUUCAUUUGAGGAAAUCAAUGAAAGGUUGCUUUCUGCAAUGGAGAGUACUGCUUCUUUAGAGAAAAUCCCUGCUGCAUUUUCACUUUUCGAACAUUAUGAUGACAGCUCGGCGAGAAGCGACCAGAUGUUAAAACAAGUGGCUGUUCCACAGCCUCCUAGGUUAGAACCUCAGGAACCAAAUUCUGCCACAAGCACAACAAUUGCGGUUUAUUGGAGCAUAAACAAGGAAGAUGUCAUCGACUCAUUCCAGGUUUACUGCAUGGAGGAGCCACAGGAUGACCAAGAAGUAAACGACUUGGUAGAAGAAUACAGAGUUACAGUGAAAGAAAGCUACUGCAUUUUUGAAGAUUUGGAACCUGACCGAUAUUAUCAAGUGUGGGUAAUGGCUGUGAACUUUACCGGAUGUAGCCUUCCCAGCGAAAGGGCAAUUUUUAGAACAGCACCCUCCACCCCUGUGAUCUGUGCUGAGGACUGUACUGUGUGUUGGAACACGGCCACCAUCCGAUGGCGGCCUGCCAACCCAGAGGCCACUGAGACCUACACUCUGGAGUAUUGCAGACAGCACUCUCCCGAGGGCGAGGGCCUCAGAUCUUUCUCUGGAAUUAAAGGACUCCAGCUGAAGGUUAACCUCCAGCCCAACGAGAAUUACUUUUUCUAUGUGAGAGCCAUCAACACAUUUGGAACAAGUGAACAGAGUGAAGCUGCCCUCAUUUCCACCAGAGGAACGAGAUUUCGCUUGUUGAGAGAAACAGCUCAUCCUGCUCUGCAAAUUUCAUCAGAUGGGACAGUGAUCAGCUUCGCGGAGAGAAGGCGGCUGACAGAAAUCCCGUCAGUGCUGGGUGAGGAGCUGCCUGCCUGUGGCCAGCAUUACUGGGAAACCACAGUCACAGACUGCCCAGCAUAUCGACUUGGCAUCUGCUCCAGCUCGGCGGUGCAGGCCGGUGCACUGGGACAAGGGGAGACCUCGUGGUACAUGCACUGCUCUGAGCCACAGAGAUACACGUUUUCCUGCAGCGGCGUGGUGAGCGAGGUCCACGUGACGGAGCGCCCCGCCAGAGUGGGCGUCCUGCUGGACCACGGCCGCCAGCGGCUUCUGUUCAUGAACGCCGAGAGCGGACAGCUGCUCUUCAUCAUAAGACACCGGUUUAACGAGGGUGUGCACCCUGCCUUUGCCCUGGAGAAACCUGGGAAAUGUACUUUGCACCUGGGGAUAGAGCCGCCGGACUCCGCGAGGCACAAGUGAUCACCGGCCUUCAGAGCUUGGAAGAGCAGUCAUUCCAACCCCGGGCUCUGCCGUCCUCUCCCGUGGGUGCUGUACACUACUAGAGCGUCUCCGCGCAUUGGCACUCACCACAGCUUCAGGCACAGGGAUGAGCACGUGAGCAAGACCACCGAGAAAACCCUUGUCUCUCUAGGGCAGCGUGGAAGUCAAGAGGGUGGAAAAAACAAGCUCCACCCUGAGCUUUAUGUGUGUGUGAGUCC